AUGAUGAAGAGGCAGUUUAAUCGGAUGCGGCAGCAGCUGUCCCAUCCCAACAUCACCAGCCGAGCCCAAGAAGCAACCGAGCUUCUGCCGGAAGAUUUGCUGCAGAUCGAGCAGAGGAUCGAGCCGGCCAAGCGAGCAGCUCACAGCGUGUCCAAGAGGCUCCAAGCCUGCCUGCAGGGGCAAUGCGGCUCUGAGAUGGACAAGCGAGUGAAGAAGCUGCCCUUGAUGGCUCUGUCCACGACGAUGGCUGAGAGCUUCAAGGAACUGGACACAGAGUCCAGCCUUGGGAAAGCCCUGGAGAUGGGCUGCUGCAUACAGAGCUCACUGGCCAAAAUCCUGGCCGAGUUCGAGAUCACCCUGGAGCACGACGUCCUGCAGCCGCUCAACAAGCUCAGCGAGGAGGAGCUUCCCAUCAUCCUGAAGCACAAGAAGACCCUCCAGAAGUUGAUCUCUGACUGGAACACCAUCAAGAGCCGGCUGAACCAAGCUGCCAAGAGCUCCAGUAACAGCUCUGGUGCUGGUGCUGGCCCCGGGGCGUCUUCUGCUGCCAACAAACUGGAGAUCUUGAAGGAAGAGGAGGAGGAGGUGAAGAGGAAGGUGGAGCAGUGCAAGGACGAGUACAUGGCUGACCUCUACCACUUCUCCACCAAAGAGGACAGCUACGCCAGCUACUUCAUCAGACUGCUGGAAAUCCAAGCCCAGUACCACCGGCAGUCUCUGGGAUCGCUGGACUCGGCUCUGGCGGAGCUGAAGGAAAGCCACAGCCAGACAGAGCCCUCCUUUGCUGCAGACACCCCGGUGGCAGGGUACUACGGUGUGCCCCUAGAGACGCACCUCAAGAGCUUGGGCCGGGAGAUUGCGCUGCCCAUCGAAGCCUGUGUCAUGAUGCUGCUGGCUUCCGGCAUGAGGGAGGAGGGACUCUUCCGGCUGGCAGCGGGUGCCUCGGUGCUGACGAAGCUGAAGAGCAGUUUAAAAAAAAAGCUAAAGAGCAGUUUGGCCAGCGGCUCCAAUGCCCUGGAGGAGUUUUACUCAGACCCCCACGCCGUGGCCGGUGCGCUGAAAUCCUACCUGCGAGAGCUGCCUCAGCCUUUGAUGACCUUCGAGCUCUACAACGAAUGGGUCAAAGUGGCCAGCUUAAAGGACGUUGACAGCCGUGUGCAGAGCCUGCAAGACACCUGCAGCCGCCUGCCCCGGGAGAGCUACAACAAUCUGAGGUAUCUGAUCAAGUUUUUAGCCAAGCUGGCCGAACACCAGGAGUUGAAUAAAAUGACCCCCAGCAACAUUGCCAUCGUGCUGGGCCCCAACCUGCUGUGGACGCAGCAGAGCACAGGAGACCCUGUGCAACUGGACUUGGCCUCGGUCUCCUCCAUCCAGGUGGUGGGUGUGGUGGAAGCCCUCAUCCAGAAUGCGGACACCCUCUUCCCUGGAGAGGUAGAUUUCAAUGUCUCGGGCAUGUUCAUGCUGCCUGCAAACAGCGGACUUGGCGAGGCUGCCCCAGUGGAAGAGCCAUCCCCUGAGCCCCCUCCGGCUGGCAUCCCUGCUCUCCUGGAUGGAGAGGCCACCUCGAGGGACCCCGAGGCCAGGUCCCAGCCAGCAUCCCCAGCGGUGACCAGACCGUCUCCUGAAGCCGCAGGGCCACCAGCUCCACAGAUGACCGACGACACCGCCCGCAAAGGCAAGCGCAUGGCUCCAGCCCGACCCACGAUGCCGCCGCCGCCCGUGGCCCAGCCCUGGAGCACGCCCGAGGUGCUGGAGGCCACCCGCCCCGCCGGCCACAGGAGGGAAGGGGAGUUCCCCGGGGACGGCAACGCGGAGAGGCACCCCUCAGCCCUAGGGCGGGAGGACCGGAGGGCAGCCGGCUCCCCCGACCGGCGGAGAGACAACGCUGAGGGGUAA